AUGGACAAGAGAUGUGGUUCGUUUACAUACAGACACGGAGAUAAGAUUCUCGCUCUUGGCUCUGAAGGGGACAUUCUUCUUGUUGCAACAUCAAGCAAGUUGGUUGUAUGGAACAGGCCAAGAAGAAAGAUUCUUAAGGAAGUGGCUCUGAACAAGGAGAUAGUUGAUAUCAAGUAUUUCAGUGAUGGAUGGGUACUGUUGUCCAAGAUCAGAGUCGAGUUCCUUUCUGGGUACGAGAUCAAGGACAUUACGCCAAAAGGACCAUUAGAUGUCUCUGUUGUAUACAAGAAUUGGCUCCUGAUUGUGGGCAGUAAAGAGAUUAUGGUAAUUAGCAUUGAAGAUGAGGAUGUUGAGGUUAAGAAGACGAAGAUGGAAUCAACCAAUGGGAUAUGCACAUAUGGAAUGGUUAGUGAGGACAGACUAUUUCUCUCGUUUGAAAAUGGAAAGGUAUUUUGUAUAGAGAAGGUAGAGAUAGAAGACAUUAUAUUUAGGAGGAAGAGAGAAGUUUGGAUGGAUGAGUAUCCAUGCUUGGUAUUUCUAAAGGAGCCUAUAGUAUCGAUGGGUGCUCUUAGAGAAACAUUGGUGAUAUCGUUGUUUGACAGAAAGGUUCUUGUGUUUGAUCCCAAGACCAGAGAAGCCUCGUUCACCGAGCUCCCGUACAAUAUCAAGGCCUCUACUAUAUGGAACGACUUGAUUAUUGUUGGCGACAGUAAGAACAACGUUAUAUUUCUGGGGAAGGAUCUCAAGGCUGUCUACAGCAAUUGCCUUAGGGAAGAGAUAUGCAGUGUAAUGGGAGAAGGGACAAGGUUAACCAUCGGCUUUACUGUGGGAGUUGUAAAGGAAUAUAACUGGGAAAAGGGCAUGGAGGUUGAGUUUGGUUGGAAAAUGGUAGAGUGA